AUGACUAUACUCUUAAUAGAUUGUUAUGACUCGUUCACUUUCAAUUUGAAAAGUCUGAUUGAGCAAGCAACAGAAGAGAAAUGCGUCGCCAUACACAAUGAUUCAUUCAAGCCCGACGAAUACGAAUCUAGACUUGUGCCUUUUCUGAAUCAAUUCUCUUGCAUAUUUAUAGGCCCAGGCCCAGGAAACCCCACGUAUAGUGAGGACGUUGGGAUAAUUCCAUUUGUUUUUGCCAACUCGGCUCAUAUCCCCAUUCUGGGCAUUUGCUUGGGAUUUCAGGUGCUAUGCUACCAAUUCGGCGCUGAUGUUGAGUAUCUGAAAGACGUCAAACAUGGCCAAGUAUACAAAAUCCAGGUCAACAAGGAAAAUGAUGAUUUUGGUUUGUUUGAAGGUUGCGAUAAUUUUGCAGGCGUUCGUUACCACUCCAUCCAUGUUAGAAACUUUACAGACAAACUGAUACCAUUGGCAUUUACUGUGGACGAAGAUGAGGUAGACUCAAAGGUAAUAAUGGCUGCAAAACACCAUAAAUUUCCCUUCUAUGGUGUACAGUACCAUCCUGAAUCUAUCUGUUCUGAAAUGGGCUCUACUCUAAUCAAAAACUUUUAUCGAAUUGUCAAAAGUAUGAGACCGACAACGGAUGUUGAGCUUCAUGAUCCACACACAAUUUUGCAUGAACCACUAUUUAACAGGUUGAACAUUUCCAAAUCCACUGAACUUCAAUUUAAGCGACUUGAAUCUGCCUUAAACCCGAUAGAUAUUGUAGAGAUUUUUCAACGCUAUAACCAAGACUCUCUUUUACUCAACAGUGUAUCCUCUCCGGGAACAUGGUCAAUUAUUGGUCUUCCAAUUAAUUACGAGUCUAAAGUAUUUACCCAUGUCCGAACUGAAGAUCAAAACGUUCUUUACACGCACAAUUGGAAAGAGGAAAAGAAAGAAAAGGAAAGUAUCGACUCUUUCUGGAAAGAAUUGGCUGCAUUUAUGAAAGAGAGAUACUUCCCGCAAAAUACUAUUGAUGGCAUCGAAGUCCCAUUUGUAGGCGGAAUGUUGGGCGUUCUUUCAUAUGAGGAAGGUGAAUUUAUUAACUUCCAGACUUUGGAAUCCAUUGGAAAGGAUAUCCCGACUUCCAAGUUAUGUUUUAUUGAAAGAUUUAUUUUGAAACAGAAUAAUUCCGGUACAUAUUUCAUUUGUUCCAUUAAAGCUGGCGAUGAUAACUGGCUCAAUGAAUCGUUAGAUCGAUUACAUGUGAGCCACGAUGCAAUGAGCAAUGUCCCAAAUUCUUUGAAAGAUCUGACGAAUAAUCUAACGAUUGUCAAACCAACACAAGAGAGCUAUGAUUCCAAGUUUGAUCAAUGCCAGACUUACUUAAAGCAAGGUGAUUCAUACGAGUUGUGUCUCACAGAUCAGACCUUUAUUCACCUUGAUAGGGAGAUUACACCCUGGCAGGUUUAUAAGGUUCUUACUAAGAGAAAUCCUGCUCCAUAUUCUGCUUAUCUGAAGUUUGAUGAUUGCGUAUUGAUUUCUUCCUCACCUGAAAGAUUUUUGGAGUGGGAUAACGAGAAAGUUGAGCUACGCCCAAUCAAGGGAACCGUAAAGCUUUCAGACUCUCUAACAUAUAAACAGGGAUGUGAGAUUUUGAAAUCUAGCAAGGAGAAAGCUGAGAACCUGAUGAUUGUUGACCUCAUCAGACAUGAUCUUUACAACUUUCUAUCGGAAGUUGCAGUUCCUGAAUUGAUGGUAAUUGAGCAGUACGAAAACAUUCUUCAGCUCGUUAGCGUGAUCCGAGGAUCCUUCAAGGGGUCUACAUAUUCUGGAAUUGAUAUCCUUUCACAAUCUUUACCACCUGGUUCAAUGACUGGUGCUCCCAAGAAACGGUCUGUUGAACUACUACAACGAUUGGAAAAUAACCAGCCACGUGGUUUAUACUCCGGAGUCUGUGGUUAUUGGUCUGUAAAUAACCACAGUGACUGGUCUGUGGUGAUCAGGUCGACCUUUCAUUAUCCAAAUGACAACAAAAACACUGAAUCCACUAAUUGCUGGAGAAUUGGAGCUGGAGGUGCUAUCACUGUUCUCAGUACUGCAGAUGGUGAAUAUGAGGAAAUGGCUGUCAAAUUGGAAAGGGCACUUCAAGCAUUUGAGUAA